UAAUAUGUAGAGUCACGGCCAGGAAAGAUAACAGAUCUUCAUUCCAGACUUUUACAAAAGUACAGCUAAGACCAUUGAAAUGGCCGCAGCCGAAGGCAAGACGAAGAAAUUUCCCAGAAUUAAAUGUGUACGGGCAUACAUCUCGGAGUCUAAACCCGAGGACCAAGGCGCAGACUGUCAUGAUGUAGAAGAUACCCACUGGAUCAAUGGCUACCCCACCCCUAUCGCAAACCCAAUGUCUGGAUACGAACAAUACGCAGCCACUAGGAAGUCCUGGGGCAUCAACGCUCUGGGAACAUUGGUGGUGGAGGUGGAGGCAGAUGACGGGACAUGUGGAGUUGGUGUCACCAUUGGCGGCGUCCCUGGCUGUUUUAUCGUGGAGAAACAUCUCAGCAGGUUCGUGGAGGGACAGGAUCCUCGGGACGUGGAGCUGAUGUGGGACCAAAUGUUCCGGGCAACUCUGAACUACGGACGGAAGGGUUUGCCUAUUCAGUGCAUCAGUGCAAUUGACCUAGCGCUUUGGGAUCUAUUAGGAAAACUGAGAAAUGAGCCAGUCUAUGCUCUACUUGGCGGGAAAACGAAGCAACGUUUGCCAGUGUAUUCCACAACAGCUCGUCCGGAUAUAGCCAAGCAGUUAGGGUUUGUUGGCGCUAAAAUUCCUUGUGCUUACGGACCUGCUGAUGGAGAAGUUGGACUGAGAAAGAACGUCGAGAUAUUCAAAAAGUGGCGCGAAACUGUAGGUCCGGAAUUCCCGCUGAUGUUGGACUGUUACAUGGCUCUGACUGUGCCGUAUACCGUGAAACUAGCUAAAGCACUUGAACCCUACGGACUGAAGUGGAUCGAAGAGUUCUUACCUCCUGAUAGUUACGAAGGUUACAAGGAGGUCCGGGAAGCUUUGCGUGGUUCUACAGUUUUAUUAACGACAGCAGAACACGAGUACAGCCGAUACGGAUACCAGCUGCUUCUCAAUUCCAAAUGUGUGGACAUUCUCCAACCAGAUAUCUCGUGGCUCGGUGGAAUCACCGAGGCACGUCGAAUCGUCGCCAUGGCAUCGGCCCAUGACGUAUUGGUCGUUCCCCAUGGAUCCAGUAUUUAUUCCUACCACUUGCAGUAUGCUUUUCGGAAUUGUCCUCUGGCAGAAUUCAUCAAUCUCAGUCCUAAAGCAGAUAAGAUAGUGCCGUAUUUUGGCGGACUGUUUCCAGACGAACCUUUACCAGCCGACGGUUUUAUCGACCUGCCGGAUCGCCCAGGGUUUGGCGUGACCUUGUGCAAAGACACACUACGUCGACCAUUCGUGCGCUCAAAUGAGGAGUCCAGAGUGCAAGCACUCAAGAAUGCUACAUUCAAGUCUUCAGAGAAACCUCGCAUGCCAUUUUAACAAUUCGCCAUUUUUGUUGGGUUACCUUGUGCAAAACAUCCAAUGCUAUAAAAUAAAUGUUGAUAUUACA